GAAAUGACAGUAGUCUGAAGUUGGUUGCAGUUUUUUCAUCUCACCCUGUAUUUAUUUCAUCCGAUUUGAGAUUUUAAGUCUCUCACAUGCGUAAUAUGCAAUCUACAACAAUGAUAUUUGAUUCCGGACAUCAGAUACAGCUUCAAAAUACAUCUGCCCAAUUAAUUUUCUUCGAGAACAUUUCAGAUUUUUAUAUACCUCCGAUUUUACGGUUUUUACUCACAAUAUAUGUAAUAUCACCCAAAUUGAAGAGAUUUUUUCAUACUCAAUCCAAUUUUACCAUUUUGUAAAACUCGUUUCGGAAUAUCUAAUCCUUAUCGAAGUCAUAUCAUGCGCUAUAAAGCAAUGUUAUUUGGUUCACUGUUGGUAUGAUCUACUUCACAGAAAUUCCCUAUAUAAACAUUUUUCUUACGAGAGCUCUAUUAAAUUGCAUAGUGGUGUAGGGUCGUCAUAUAGUCGGCCCUCUCCGACUUCUGACAUUUCCUUACUGGGUUUCGUUUUACAAUUGGUAACUGAAAUUAUAUUUCUUUUUUUAUUUUCUUUUUUGUACUAGCGUAAAAUACCUAAACUAAAAUAACUAACAGUUCAAUAGGAAUUUGAAAGUGACCUUGUUUCCUCCGUAUUUAAUUAUUAGAAAAAAAUUACCCACUUCAAUUUCGGAAUCAUGUCUUUUGCAAUUUACGCUGCCAAACUACAAACCUAAAAGAAUAUAAAUUCACCAACGAAUUUUCAAACCAGCAUCAGUUGGCCAUUGACCUUCAAACCCUUUACAGCUAUUCCUACAGCAAAUCACACAAUGCGUUUCACAACAGCUGUAUUUGCAAUUUUGGCUAUUUGCGUCGCCCUAGCCAUUGCAGGACCUCUUCCGCACAAACAACAUUCGAACGGAUCUGGUUCUGGCAAAGGAGGUAGUGGCCAGGCUACCAGUUAUGCAGUUGUAACCAAACACGAAGAUGCAGCGGGCGGUCAGCAUGGUGGACAGAAAGGAUAUGGCGGUGCUAAAAACGAUCACUAUGGAGGAGGUCAUGAUCAUGGCCAUGGAGAUGGACAUGGUGAUGACUAUAACUCCCAUCCCAGAUACGACUUUGCAUACGGUGUAGAGGAUUCAAAAACUGGCGAUGUGAAGGAGCAUCAGGAAUCCAGAGAUGGCGAUAAUGUUAAGGGAAGCUAUUCUCUCAAGGAAUCAGAUGGCACAACUCGCCUUGUCACCUACACCUCUGAUAAGAAGAGCGGCUUUGAGGCCACAGUUCAUAAGAUUGGUGGAGCAAAUGCUGCUGGCAAGGGACAUUACCAUUGAAUAAUGACGAAUGGCAAUAAUGGUUGGGAGCUACAAAAUUCAAAGACACGUUGAGAAAAAAGUAACAG